CGGCGGCGGGAGCGCGGGCUGGAGGCGCGGCGGCGGCGGCGGCGGGGCCCGGCGGGCACAGAACAGACCUUUGGUCGAGGAACCUUUUAAGUAAAGCUGAAUGAAGAAGGGCUACUCUGGGGACAGGUGGCAUCUGCAGAGGGCCGGACGCGUGCCUUGCCCUCCCUGCCGCUCUGCUGCUGUGCCUGAGGCCCUGCCGCCUCCAGGACGCUGAGGAGCGCCGCUUGGGACCUGCGAGCCGCCCAGCCCCUUCCAGACAGAGAGUCCACACACUUCCCAGCCUGCAGACCUGUGACGUCCCUGGGGAGCGACUGCUGCGCGCUUCCCUCAGGGCCUGCAGGCAGUGAGGGCUGUCUGUGCGCUCGCUGUGGUGCCGGGCGCCCGUGGUCCCCUCUUAUGCACUCCAGCACCCCCAUCAGCUCCCUCUUCUCCUUCACCAGCCCAGCAGUGAAGAGACUGCUAGGCUGGAAGCAAGGAGAUGAAGAGGAAAAGUGGGCGGAGAAGGCAGUGGACUCUUUAGUGAAGAAAUUAAAGAAGAAGAAAGGGGCAAUGGAUGAGCUGGAGAGGGCCCUCAGCUGUCCGGGGCAGCCCAGCAAGUGUGUGACGAUUCCCCGGUCCCUGGACGGGCGGCUGCAGGUGUCCCACCGCAAGGGCCUGCCCCACGUUAUUUACUGCCGCGUGUGGCGCUGGCCUGACCUCCAGUCUCACCACGAGCUGAAGCCGCUGGAGUGCUGCGAGUUCCCGUUCGGCUCCAAGCAGAAGGAGGUGUGCAUUAACCCCUAUCACUACCGCCGGGUGGAGACCCCAGUGCUCCCGCCGGUGCUCGUGCCGCGACACAGCGAGUACAACCCGCAGCUCAGCCUCCUGGCCAAGUUCCGCAGCGCCUCCCUCCACGCGGAGCCGCUCAUGCCGCACAACGCCACCUACCCCGACGCCUUCCAGCAGCCGGGCCCCGCGUUCCCCCUGUCGCCGGGCCCCGCGUUCUCCCCGUCGCCGUGCGCGGCCGGCGGCCCGCACUCCCCAGGGAGCCCCUCGGAGCCCGAGAGCCCCUAUCCGCGCUCAGACUUCCGGCCGGUGUGCUACGAGGAGCCGCAGCACUGGUGCUCCGUCGCCUACUACGAGCUGAACAACCGCGUCGGGGAGACGUUCCAGGCCUCCUCCCGGAGCGUGCUCAUCGACGGCUUCACAGACCCCUCGAAUAACAGGAGCAGAUUCUGCCUUGGGCUCCUUUCCAACGUCAACAGGAACUCCACGAUAGAGAACACCAGGAGACACAUAGGAAAGGGCGUGCAUUUAUACUAUGUUGGGGGAGAGGUCUACGCUGAGUGCGUCAGCGACAGCAGCAUCUUUGUGCAGAGCCGGAACUGCAACUAUCAGCAUGGCUUCCACCCAGCCACUGUCUGCAAGAUCCCCAGUGGAUGCAGCCUCAAGAUCUUCAACAACCAGCUGUUUGCACAGCUUCUGGCUCAGUCAGUUCACCAUGGGUUCGAAGUGGUGUAUGAGCUGACUAAGAUGUGCACUAUCCGGAUGAGCUUUGUAAAGGUGAGGAGCGCUUGCUUUCAGAUUGUAAGAUGGAAAUGAGAAAUAAAACACAAAGCUUUGGCUGAGGACGCAAUUAUACAGCCGGUCCAAGUAGACAAC